AUGUACGAUGAGGCAACCAAACCUUCCCCCAACCUCCAAUCAAACGAGCAAGUCAUCUCUUCUUCACGCCGAGGGCAAGCCCCAGGCAGCAAUGAAAAGAAAAAGCCUGUCAGACGUCCAUCAACACCCACCCAGACCGCGCGCCCUAUGGCAGACCGCGAAAAGGGUCGAGAUCAUCAAAUUAGGGCCCGAGAGCCCCGUAUACCAUCUCUAUACAGCGUCACCACGAGGGCAGCGCCGCCAUCCUUGCGGACAGAGCGAGAGGACCAAAGUGUAUUCACUCUAGGGUGUCGAGGAUAUGCAUUCAUCAACCAGGGUGGAUUCUGUGGCUUCGGUAGGAAACCAAGAGAGGGUCGAAUACUAUAG